CUUUUAUUUUGCUUUUAUCAAUUAUCAAUCAAUUUUCUACAAUGAUAUUGGACAAGUAUUUACAGAGAAGUUAAUUUUUGGGAAAUUUUUUUCUUUAGAAAGAAGGAAGAUAUUUUUUUCUUUUGUAAAAAAUGCAUCGUCCUCCAGCUUUGCCGUUCUUGCCUGGUUUUAAUUUUGAUUCAAAGUUUGACAAAAAGGAUUUUCACAAGAGUCAAAUUUUCGAUAAAAUUCACGAUGGAGUUUAUUAUCUCGCAGAGAAGCCACACAUUCCAGAGCACAGUCGUUAUUUAUCGUUUCAUGAUUCCGGUGAAAUUCAUCCAAAACCACCAUGGCUCGCUUUUGAUGGACAGCGGUUGAUGUUCAAAGCCUACUUUGAAUUAAAUGCUAGGGAAAAUUGUAGAUCUAAUUCUUCAAUUCGAUUUGUCACGAUAAGCUUCUUCUUGGAGGAUGGAACGAUGAAAGUAUCUGAACCCAUCACAGGAAAUAGUGGUUUAGAGCAAGGUCUCAUCGUCAGAAGACAACGGAUCGCAAUACCAGAUCCUGUUCAAUUUCGACAUUACGAUGUUUUGGAUCUGAAUAUUGGGAGAGAAGUGAAAAUUUUUGGACGAGUUUAUAAAAUUAUUGAUUGCGAUAAAUUUACCAGGAAUUUUCUCUAUCGAAAUGGAAUUCCCGUGCCAAAUCCUAUACAAUUGGGAAUAUCGGAUCCAUACUUGGAGAAAGAAGAUAUUCUUAAAAAGAAACCGCAACGUUCUCUUGAUACCAGAGGAAACUUUUUAAAGUACGACAAAAAAGUCUUGAGAUUCUAUGGUUAUUGGGAUGACAGAGAUAAUCUUUAUGGAGAAGUUCAUAAUUUAGAAAUUCAUUAUUAUCUCGCCGACGAUACAAUUGAAAUUAAAGAGAUUUUACCUGAGAAUUCUGGACGUGACGCUGGACCACUUUUUCUCAAACGGUCCAAGAUUCCAAAGACCUUCGAAAAAAUUGAUCCCAUCGGAUCGGGAGAUCCGUUUACGAUUUUGAACGUUCUGGGUGAUAAUCGAGCUAAAAGUUACUUCUUGGCAGAUUCAUUAAAUAUUGGAACUAACGCUGAAAAUUAUUAUAAAGAUCAAGAUCUUACAAUUGGAGGAGUGAUAAACGUUUUUGGAAGAAAAGUUGUAAUUACAGAUCUCGAUCCCUUUAGUAAAGAUUAUUAUGGAACGAAAUAUGGUAUUGACAAUUUUACACGUUUGAAAGGACCAUUGGAAAAAUGUGAUUACGAUAAUAAAAUGGAGAAAUUUAUACCUCCUUACAACGGUUAUGGAUCAUAUGAAGACUCUCUCGGAAACUGCUUUUCAGUAACACCUAAGGCGCCAACUGUAGAUUUCACCAAGUUUUACUAUCGCGAUAAGCAAGGAUUUGAUAGUCAAGUUCUGAGAUUUCAGGCGAAGAUGAUUUCGAAAAUUCCAGAGAACGCGGAGAGACAUUUUAUAAUUCGAUUUUUUCUUAUGGACAAUACAGUUGCCAUUUUCGAGCUUUCUCGGAGGAAUUCUGGUUUUAUGAGAUGCCUUUUUCAAAAGAGAAUGCGUGCACUGUUACCGGGACAAGAAGUUUUCUCCAGUAAACCACCAAAGUACUACAAACCAAACGAUUUUUAUAUUGGCGCUUGUUUAACUCUGAGUGGAUUUAAUUUCCAAUUAACUUCCGCCGACUCUUAUAGUCUUUCUUACAUGGAACAACAUCCUGACGAGUUCCCGAAAGCAAAUGCAAGACUCAUUAUGGAUAAUCUUCGUGAAUUGUUGAAACCUGUUUAUAAAGAAUUCAAAAAGGAUUUGAUUGCCACACUAACCAUGGAAGGGAAUUUAAUUUUAGAAUUCGAGCACUUCAGAAAAACUCUUCUGAGAUAUUUAGCCGAAAAUAUCAUAGAACAUGAAAUUAUAACUAUCGCUCGUCAAUAUUCUUCACGGAAGAAAAGAGAAUUUCAUUCUCGAGAAUACAUCAGGGCUUUGGUUCAUACGGAGAUCAAUCGUUUUCUCUGGACAGAACUCGAUCGUUUAGAAGAAGAUAUUCUUCAUUUGGAUAGAACUAGAACCGGUUACUUAUCACGAAAUGAACUUUAUACAAUUUUACGAGGCUGUAGAAUCCCUCUUAAUGUGGAGUUACUAAAUAGAAUGCUUGAUAUUCUCGUAAAUGAUAAUGGACAAGAAAAAAUCGACUAUCGUGAUUUACUUCAAUUUUUGAACGUUAAAAUAAAUCCAGUUAAUCCUGUGGUUCCUGUUAACGUGAAGACCGUACUUUGGUGGACAUCGGAAAAGGAGAUCGACUGUGGUACUGAAGUAGAGUUGCCAGCUUUCAUAGAAGAUUUAAAUUUAGAAGAAAAAGAAAAUCCUAUUUCUGAUAAGUAUAAUGAAUCUUCUAUAAAUUAGAAACAAAAUAAAAAUUAACAGGCCAGUUGCAAAGCAAAGAAAAAAGUCAAGUCAAAAAGAAACAUUUUUUUCUAUUUUAAGAGAAUUUUUAAAAUUAAAUUUUGACGCCACAAAUAAAAAAAAUUUUUUUCUCAAAAUUAUACCAUUAAUUUGCCAAAGAAAAAUUGAUUUCAAUUUGAUAUUUACGUGUAAUUUAUUACAGUUUAUUUCUAAUUCCAU